AUGGAUUCCCGCAGCUGGGCCACGGGUGUGCUACGAAGCCAUCUCUGUGAGACCACAGCCACCCCUAUGUACUGUGAGAUUUGUGACAUACAACUGUGUAAUGAUUGUGUGGGAAAACAUCUCUCAGAUCAAUCCAAAGAUCACAAUGUGGUGCCAUUUGGAAAAAAAGUAUCUACUCCUAAAUGCCAAAAGCAUUCCUCAUUUGAUUUUCUUAAUUGUGCAACAUGUGCUUCCUCUGAAGAACAACAAGGUCAAAGAUCUAUUGAAACCAUGAAAAAUGUCAUUCUAAAAGAUCUAGAAGAGCUAAAGAAAACCAUUUACCCUAAAUACGGAAAGAUGGAAUCUUACAUCCUAGAUCAACAGACGGAUAUGAAUAUAAACUCACAAAAUUUGACACAAGAAAUCGACCAACAUGGGAAACGCUUUGUCGAAGAAAUAAAUACAAUUAUUCAAGAACUAAAAUCUGAUCUUCAUGAGAUGGAACUAAAUCACAUCAAAGAACAGCUAAACCAACAGUUUGGUUCUCUGUCAGCGUUAUCUAUCAAAACAGAAGAAAGUGAUUGUCCAUUGGAUUCCCUAGCUGCCGAGUCCUCUUCCCCAGGCAGACCGUUCACUGAUGCUCCAUGGAUCAUUACAGAUAUAAACACCGACUGUGGAAAAUGGAAUCUACGCAGUGUGUCCUGUCUCAGUGAUGAGGAAAUAUGGACUUGUGGUGAGGACAACAUUAUGAGACUCUAUAACCUCCGGGGGGAACUAUUGAAAUCAACCAAAAUUAAUCCAAGUAACAUUCCGCAGGACAUAGCGAAGACAAAGACGUUCAUCAAACUAAAAGAGUGGAGACCUCAAAGUGUCUGUAUUACCUCCUCUGGUGACCUUCUGGUUAUCAUGAACAAUGAUGAAAAUGAACAAACAAAAGUUGCGCGUUACUCUGGCGCCAAAGAAAAACAAAGUAUUCAGUAUAAUGACAAAGGACAACCUCUCUAUUCAUAUGAAGAAGGAAAAAAGAUCUAUUCAUCUGGCUAUCGCACAAAAUACAUCAUCGAGAACAGGAAUCUAGAUAUCUGUGUGACAGACUGUAAAGCCCAUAGAGUUGUGGUGGUCAAUCAGGCCGGAAAACUCCGCUUUACCUACAAUGGUUUUUUCAAUAACAGGGGAUCAUUCUAUCCACGCGGUAUCACUGGAGACAGCCUUAGUCGGAUCCUAACAGCAGACUAUUACAACAAAAGUAUCCACAUCUUGGAUCAGGACGGACAGUUCCUCCGCUACUUUUACAUAUGUAGUUUACACCGUCCAUGGGGUUUAUGUGUGGACACCAGAGACAACCUCUUUGUGGCUGAACACUACACCGGUAAAAUGAAGAAAAUACAAUAUUAUAUGUAA